AUGCCUCGGGGUCGAAAGAGUAAGCUUCGUGCCCGCGAGAAACGCCAGCAGAAUCGUGCUCAAACCCAGGGUCUCAGGGGUCCUCAGGCCACUGCAGAGAAGGAAGAGGAGUGCCCCUCCUCUCCCCCCUCCUCUUGCUCUGCUCCUGUUGCUGGGAGUGCUCCCCCAAGCUGCCCUCCUGCCUUCAUUCCCCAGGAGUCUCAGGGAGCCCCACCCUCUAGCUCUCCCGAUGCAGGCGUUGCCUGUGCAAGGUCUGAUGAAGAUGCCAAGAGUCAAGAUGAGGCAAGACCAAGCACCUCCCAGGCAUCAUCCUCCACUCAGAGCUCACAGGGAGAUUCUCUCACCAGAAAGGCGAGUAUGCUGGUGCAAUUCCUGCUGGAAAAGUAUAAAAAGAAGGAGCCCAUUAUGAAGGCAGACAUGCUGAAGGUUGUCAACAGAAAAUACAAGCAGCACUUCCCUGAGGUCCUCAAGAGAGCCUGUGACCAUCUUGAUCUGGUUUAUGGCCUGGAGUUGAAGGGAGUCAAACCCGGCGAUCGGUCGUACACCAUUGUGAGCAAGCUGGGCCUCUCCACAGAGGGGUGUCUGAGUGGUAAUGGGGGGUUGCCUAAGACAGGUCUCCUGAUGUCGCUCCUGAGUUUCAUCUUCAUGAAUGGCAACCGUGCCAGUGAGGAGCAGAUCUGGGAAUUCCUGAAUGGGUUGGGGAUAUAUGCUGGGAGGAGGCACUUAAUCUUUGGGGAGCCCCGACAGUUCAUCACCAAAGAUUUGGUGCAGGAAGAGUAUGUGGAGUACCGGCAGGUGCCCAAUAGUGAUCCUGCGUGUUACGAAUUCCUGUGGGGUCCCAGAGCCCGUGCUGAAAUCAGCAAGAUGAAAGUCCUAGAAUUUUUGGCCAAGAGCAAUAGCACCAUCCCUAGUUCCUUCCCAAGUCUGUAUGAAGAGGCUUUGAGAGAUGAGGAGGAGAGAGCAGCAGUGAGAGCUGUAGCCAUGGUUGCCACUAUUGCCCAAGCCAGAGCACGAUUCGGGGCCAUGUCCUUGAGACCCUCCCACAUCCAGUGA